UGGAAAAGUGUAUUAUUUUCAGGUAUAUCAGUUGUACUAAUUCUCUGCAAAAAUAAUUCUUAAAAAAAAAAAUCUCUGCGAAAUACGAAAUUAGAUUAUGAAACAUUUAAAAAUCAAGGAAGAAUUCGACAUAAUAUGAAUAUUAAGAUAUUCAACCGUUAAUCCACCCAUUUUCCCAUCUCUCUCUAAUCCUCGAAAACCCUCCCCUUUUUCCGUUGAUUUUCUUCCUUUCCCGUGAUUCGUCCACCUGCAAUUUCAAGUUUUUUUUUUCCCCUUUAUUUUUUUGGAGGUUGAAGAAGAAGCCGUUCUUUUAAGGAAAACAGAGGAAAAGCGAACAAUACCAUAUCUGAUUUCAGAUGAAUCCGGCGACGAUGGCGGCGCGGAUGAUGAUUCCGGCGAUGAUGCUGAUGACGGUGAUUCCGGCGGCCUUCGCCGGAGACACGAAUCCCGUAUUCAGCCCCUGCACGGAUACAAAAGUCCAGAAACACGACGGCUUUACCUUCGGACUCGCGUUUUCUUCAAGGAACAAUUUCUUCUCCAACAACAUCCAGCUUUCACCCUGCGAUUCUCGCCUCUCCCUCGCCACCAACGGCGCCGAGCUCGCCGUUUUCAGGCCGAAGGUCGAUGAGAUAACUCUGCUUACCAUCAACAGCACCACCUUCGAUCCGAGCAAAUUAGGAGGUUAUAUGGUGGCUUUUGCUGGACGAAAGUAUGCAGCUCGAUCCCUCCCUAUAUUCGUCGCUGACGCUAAUUACAUCGUCACCAGCUUCACCAUGGUUCUUGAGUUCCAGAAGGGCACCUUGCAGAACUUGUACUGGAAGAAGUUCGGGUGCGGGUCGUGCACGGGGAGCUCCUUCAUGUGCCUCAACAACACCGACUGCGCCAUCAAGACCUCCAACUGCAAAAGCAGCGGAGGCUCUACCGCCUGUAACAUAGGGAUACAGUUGGCAUUCUCCGGCACUGAUAAGAACGACAACGUGCUCAACUCGUGGUACGAGGUGGCAAAUCUCCGGCAGUACUCGCUCUACGGCCUCUACUCCGAUCUAAGUUCCUCAUUCAGUGGCCUCUUCUGAGAUUAUUGUAUUCUAUGAGGAAUGUAUUUACUGCAGGGAAAAGGAUGUACCGAUUGCUCUGUGCUCUGCACACACAUACAUAAUUUUCUACGUCUUAAUUCAAUUCAAUAUUCAUCUUAA